GCCUUGGCUUUGCUCCUCUCGGCCAGUUCAAGGAUAAAACCUGAUCCAGCAUAGUCUAUGUGAUUCAGUGUAAACAAAUUCGUAGGUAGUAUGGAAGUGUCGUCGCUUUUCCAGUCUUAUUUAAUGGACUCGGAAUUUAAUCAAUUGGACCUAUCCUUUUGUCACCAGAUGGAUAAAGAAAGCAUAUUUAUGGAGAAAAAAGUAUCAUCUCCAAAAAAGGAAAAACUGAUUGAUUUUUACAAUGAGAGAAAAUACACAGACUGCACUUUUAUUAUAGGCCACCAAAAAUUCUCAGCUCACAAACUUACUUUGGCUUGUUGCAGCCCUGUUUUCGAAACGAUGCUCUACGGUGACAUGUGCUCGAAUGAAAUCGAAAUCGACGACAUCGCACCGGAAGUGUUUCAAAAAGUUUUGGAUUUUAUUUACACUGACAGUUUGGUUUUCACUUCCAUGGAAAACGCCUGGCAAACAUUUUACGUGGCCGAGAAAUACUUGAUCGAAAAUCUCUCGAAAAAGUGUUUGGCCUACAUCGGUAAAAACAUCACUAUGGAGAGCUUGGUGAUGUGCUACGAAUACGCCGAAAUGUACGAAAAAGUGGAAAUUAAGAAAAAGUGUUUUUGCGACAUAAACAACUAUUUAAAGGCUGUUUUUACCUGUGAUUACCACAUGAAACCGUCCACUCUUAUCAAUAUUCUUCGAGACAACAGGUUUAAUAUGGAUCAACACGAGCUGGUCAGGGGUAUUCUUCAAUGGGCCAUUGCAGAAUGCACUAUGCGGAAAAUCUCCCCCGAAACAAAAAAUGUGAUAAACUUACUCGAACAGUUAGGAAUGCUAAAGUUAAUUAAAAACCAGUGCCUUUCCAUAAAAUGCCGCCCUCUCUUCGAUUGUGCAAGUGAUACUGAACCAAUACUGGAACAUAUAAUGGACUGCGAGGAAAAACAUGACAAACCUAAAAUACGAGGUUGGCCCAUUUGCAGGUUAAGAAAAGUCUACAAAAUCGCCAGCAGGAUAGAUCUACAUCCUUCGAACUCCUACGUAGCCAGAACGUGUGUAAAUAAGGACACGUUGAUCUUUGGCGUCUUGGUUAACACGGAAAUGAACCCUGGCUAUAAAGGGGGCGAAGGUUACUUCGGAACAAUCACGGUAAAGAUCCAAGAAGAUGGCACCAACAAAGAAAUAAUGCCGGGCACUUCUGUGACAGACGGAAUGCAGUAUGAUAACGAAUAUUACGUUAACCUGAAGUACUUGGCAAAAUUAUCGGCUGGAAAAACGUAUAAGAUCAUUAUCUCGUACGAAAAUCACACCACCUCUGGUGUUAUGUUCUCAUCUGUACACUCGUAUUACAUGAGCAAUCCCUUGUUCAAUGACACCAACGACUGUAUUGUGAGUUUUGCCGAAAUGACUGGAUCUGUUAUUAAAGGUCUCACCUAUUAUCCUUUUUAGAUUGUAAAGUUAUUGUUAUGUGAUAUUACUUUUUUAAUAAACG